UUCAGUCUUCUCUCUCUUCUGGGAAGAGACCUUCACCACCAGCAAGACGACAAAUGGUCAGGGUGCUUGCCGAUGAAAUGAGAAAAUUUGAGCCAACACCAACACGUGCACAGUGUCUUACUAUUUGUAAAGCGAUUGUCCAUCAAUAUCCCCAGAACUUUGCGGAUCAACUUCAUGAUGGCCGAGUUGUAGGGGAAGGUUACAGCUCACUUUUGGCCCAGAUCAAGAAUAGAAUUGAUAACCUCAGCCGGGCCACUAGCUUCCGACAGCACCGGUCAGCUGCCAGUGGUCUUAAAAGAGGACCCACUGACACAUAUGGUUGCACCCGGUUUCAGCCUGAUCUUCCUUUAGAUGAGACUGAUGUCUCCAUUGAGACUAAACGUCAGAAGCUGGAGGAUCUAUUCUGUCAAGAAGGUGCAAAGGGAGCUGAGAAAGCUGAGGUUGAAAAACUGAUGGAGACAACUUUCUGCCUGCAACGGAGCCAAAUAAAUAGUGUGCCAGCACCUUCUGUUGCGGAGUUGAUGGAAAAGUGGCCAUACCUCUUUUUUCAGAAAGGCCUGUUCGCCCAUUUUGAGCUGCUCACUGACAUUAAUGUCCUGCGUGCACUUGAACUUUCUAUGGAGGAGUGUGGAAAGAGCAUCUUAGAGUUUUUUAAAAGCAAGCCUACCAACUCAGAAGUCAAGUCAAUCCUUUCCAAAGAUGAACCCAUUGAUUCAACAUACCAAAUUGUUCAACUCCUAAUGGCUCACUUCAUGGAAAAGCAAGAUGGACUCAUUCUUCAAGAAAAUAUGUCUGCCACUCCUGCUGACCUCGAAAAGAUGGGGAACCUGCCUGUGAGUCCUCGUUUGAUCCUGCUUGGUGAUAAUCCGGGCCAAUGGAUGAAACAAUGGAUGAUCAGCCUCGAAGGCCGAAUAAUCUGCGAGGGUGUGCAGCCAACCUUUAUCUCUGGACUUGCUGCAUUGUUCUCUUCGUAUUACAUUUUUAAUUUGCAGUACCAAGAGGAAGCAGCAUCCACACUAGAAUUCCUUCAAAGACGUUUUGUUGGAAUUAAUCCAGAAAAGGGGACCAAAGCUGCAAGGGGAAAGGUGAUGUCCAAAAAAUCUGGGAAAACCGUGCAGAAGAAGACCAUAACCGUCAGUAACAAAGUUUCAAAUCUUUUAAAAAGACUUAUGGACUUUGAGUGGCACUUCAUUUAAAAUGUACCUGACACUCCCCACUCAUGCAGUUUGUUUUCAGAAACAUUGUCAUCUGGUGUUAUAUUUUGUUUAUACAGAGUUAUUUAGAUAUUAAAAAAGGCUGGUGUUUUUUAAAGCCUGAUUUAAGAGUUUUUAUUUAUUUUUAUUAUUAUUUAUUUUAAAUAAUUACUUUGUCUUAGUGCAACUGUUUUUGGGCUAAUGUUUGCCAAAGCCUCAUUUGACACUAGAUUUGUAUUUUAUAUAGAGGUAAGUCAAUUCUAUAUAUUUUGUAUUUGUUUGCUUUUUCUUAAGCCAUUUUUGCAUUUUGAUGGGUGCUUAAUUGUAUGCACUGAAUAGUACUUGACUAGUAUUUUUUUAUUUGCCUAUUUUAGUUUAAAAUAAUUGAGCAGAAUUUAUCUGGUGUUGUAUCAGAAUAAUAAA